UCCAAAUUCAACCUCUAAACAAAAACACAAUUAUUUCUCUCCCCUUUUUCAUCACACCACAUUAACUGCUCCACUUAUAUAUCAGAGAAACCGCUCUUCAAAGAUUCUCCGAAAAGACCCCAUUGUCAAUUGAAACUGUUUUUGAUGUUGAUCAGUCCAUCUCACUCUUCCUUCAAUUGGAUUUCUCAUCCAAUGACAUUCUUCAAAAAAGUUGCUAUUUUUGCUGGUUAAAACAGAUCAGCAAAAUUCAAACGAUAUAAGGGCAAAAAUUGGGAGAAAUUAAAUUGAGCGGAAUGCCGAAGCAUAGGCAUGGCAGGGUGAUGAUGGAGGGCAUCGCAAUUACAAAAACGAGGAAAAGAGGGUGCUCGCCUUCGUCGUCUUCCUCCUCGAGAAUUCAUCACUACAGGCUGAAUAAGCGGGCCAUUGUGGUGGGCCGGAGCCGGGCCGGGCUCGGGGGGUCCAGAUCCGCCACCCCGAGCGCCGUGGAGUCUCCCAAGUAUUCGGAGAGAGGGCGGGCGGCCCAGCCCGUUUCGGCCCGACGGCUCGCGGCCACGCUCUGGGAGAUGAAUGAGAUUCCGUCGCCCGGGCUGAGUGGGAGCGAUUUGGAGGCGGUGAAGCAGCAUCUGAGGAAUAGUGGCACCAAGGAGGUUUUCAAGAGAGAGAAAAUGCAGUCGGGCUGGGGCCCGCGCUCGAGCUGCGCCUCUCUUCCGCCGCAUUUGUCCGAUCCCUCUCACACCCCGACCGCUUCCGAGGUUGAUCGAAGUGGUAUAGCUAGUGAGAAGAGGACACCAUCGAUUUCUCGGAGGCAAACCUCUGCUGAAUUUGAUUCUAUCAGCAAUGCUAGUUUUAUGGAGAUUGAGAGUAGGUCGAGGGCCCCGACUUCGAGUGGAUCGGUUAGUGGCAGUAGGAGUCGCCUUAAGGAUGUAAAUAACGCUCUGACCACGUCGAAGGAGUUGCUGAAAAUCAUUAGCCGCAUUUGGGCUCGUCAGGCAGACCAACCUUCUUCACACAUGUCUGUGGUGUCAGCGCUGCACGCUGAGCUUGAGAGAGCUCGGACGCAGGUCAAUCAUCUCAUGCAGGAGCACCGAACGAGUAGGAACGAGGUCCACCAUCUCAUCAAGUGUUUUGCUGAGGAAAAGAUGUCGUGGAAGAACAAAGAGCACCUAGCGAUUGAGGCAGCGAUUGCGUCCAUUGCUGGUGAGCUUGAGGUGGAGAGGAAGCUUAGGAGGCGGCUCGAGGGCUUGAAUAAGAAUCUAGGGAAAGAGCUAACGGAGAUCAAGUCAUCAUUCAUAAAAGCAGUUAGGGAGCUCGAGAGUGAGAGGAGGGCAAGAGAGGUUACUGAACAAGUAUGCGAUGAGCUAGCAAGGAACGUCGAUGAGGAUAGAGCUCAAGUGGAGAAGGAGAGGGAGAUGCUCGAGUUGGCUGAUAAGUUGCGCAAGGGGAGAGGGCAGAUGAAGCUUUCCGAGGCUAAGCAUCAGUUUGAGGAGAAGAGCUCCGCCAUCAGCAAACUGAGGAAACAAUUGGAAGUCUUCCUCGGAGCCAAAAGGGACAAAGAUGAGGAGAGAGCAACGCGUUUGAGCAAACUGAGCAUUAAGUCACUCCCACAAGAUGACAGAGAGGUUGAGGAUGGUAGAGACAGCAGAGUAGAAUCAACAGAAGGUGAUCACUUGACUGAGAGCAAGAACAACACGAGCAAAAUCCACAAAUGGGCAUAUGCGUAUAGUAGCUCUGCAAUCGCUCGUGAUCCCAAGAAAGUAACAGUUGAUGAGAUCAAAGCUAGGAACUCCAUCUCGGGUCAGGUCUCAUGGAGGGGCACCGCACUCCAAAGGGCUAUAUCAGAUGGAGUCGAAGGUGGCAUUCGUCGCCAUGAAAAAGGAGAUGGUUUGGACAGGCAAAGAUUUCCCGAGGUUGAGAAGGAACACAGAAGGAGCUGCACGGAUGAGAUGACGAGAUACAGAGGUAUCAAGGGACCCCACGAGCACGUGUUGUCGCGAUCAUCGUUAACCAGAGAUUGCUACAGUCCAUCCCAGCAGAGGGACUAGCCAUUUCCUUCCUGGAAACCUAAAUGGUGAAUUCUUUCUGAAAUGUAUUAACUGUUGCUUUGUAGAAUCAAGAAACAGUAUAAAACCUUGGAGUUCUAAUUGUGAAGUAUGAAGAAGUAGUCAAUAUGAUAUUGACUUUUUGCUGUUACUUUGUGCAAAUAUUGAAAUCCAGCUUUGAUUUUGUUUA